AUGCAUUUGCGGCUUCCUGUUGAUGGAAAUAUUAUGUGUGGUGUGACCGAUGGUGAUUGGUAUUCAAUAUGCAUGGAGUAUCUUGGAGCUGCUCCGCCAGAUUUCAAUGGAGGUAGAAUAUCUUUAUCAUGGCUAAAAGUCAAUUUUGAAGUUUUGAAUGAAAAUGCUUCUGAGGAUGAAGCAAAGACAUGUGCUCGGGCUUAUAUACUACGAAUCAUUGGAGAAAUAUUAAUGCUCAACAAAUCUCGCAAUCAGAUGUAUUAUAUGUGGUUGCGUCAUCUUAUUGAUUUUGAUGAAGCAGGAAGAUACAAUUGGGGUGCCACAGUUUUGGCAUUUCUCUUUAGAGAAAUGUGUCGUUCAACGAAUUAUAAUAAAACUGCUAUAGGUGGAUGUCUCAUGCUUCUCCAAUCAUGGGCGUGGUUCCACAUGCCUUUCUUAUGCCCGAUCGUUAAUAAACCAUAUGUAUUCUCCUUAUUAUUGAGGUAA